GAACCAAGAUCGGCUGAGAGUUUUCCGUGAGCAAUUUUCCAGUGUCUAGCGGAGUACGCUAUCGCUAAUGAGCUAUUGGCGCUAGAACAGAGGAAUCAAGUGACUAAUGGAAGUGCCGAAAAGAAAAGUGAUGGUACAGUGAACCGCUCCAGCAGCUGAGUCUGGACCAAGACAAGUGUUAAUAGAGUUGGAGUAUCUCCCCUGUGACCGGUCAGUCAUAUUUCAUGAAUGAACGUUUUUAGUGAUACUGUAAAGUGAUCUCUUUGUGAAGUUGUAGUUUGGAAUGCAGUAACAACUGCGUUCCCGUGAAGCCUGAGGUCAGCCAGAGUCACACCGUAACAGGUCGUACUGGGUUUCAGGUCGUGACUUUGGAACGUGCUGGGCCUACCUCAAGAUAAGUGGGAAGGUCUAAGCUUCUAGAUAACGUUAGCAUGGAGCUCACAUAUGAACAUGGCUGCAGAUAAACGUACUAUCACCGCUUCGCAAACUGCAUAACGGCUGUAAAAUUUUAUUAUCGGCCAUGAAACAUUUUCUAGCACGUUUUCUUUCGACUUAUGGAAAACCAAAGUCGGGAAACACUAGUGGGCCCGCAGCAAAUAGAAGGAAGGGCAGUUCCCGUGCUGACUAUUCGAUUCUGAGCCAAGAAGAGGCCGCAGCAACUAUCCCGGUGAUCGAUAGUAGUGACCAAGAGGUGGACGAGGCUGAAUUAGAAUAUCUGACGACAUCGCACCAAAUGAUCAUCAAACGAGGAACGUACAACAUGAGACAGGAAUUCGAAAACAGCUACGAGGAACUGGUUCAAUCAAAAAAUCGGAGAAAGAAAUUACGGAUAAUAAUUGGAACUGCAACAACACUCGUUUUAGUGAUUUUAUUAGCUGUUGGAAUUUACCUUGUUAUUGAUGGGGAUUCAGACGGCGAUUCCGGAUCAAACAAUUCUGGCGAGAAACUUGAUUUAGAAAGUGUCCUGGAUGGAAGUCUGACAGCACUCCGAUUCAAUGGAACCAUCGCAGAUGGGGGCAUCCUUUUCAAAGAUGCUGAGGGAAAUUUGGUAGAAUACGACGUAGCAACAAAAAAAAUAAAUCGUCGUUUACCAAAAGAAAAUCCGUAUAACAUCAUAUCAGCUAUUCAUGAAAAAUCGCCAGACGGUAGAUAUAUUCUAGUUGCCAAAGUAUUAGCCAAGCUCUUUAGGUAUAGCUUCCUUGCCACGUAUUACGCCAUAGAUUUAGAAACCCAGAUACCAUUUAAGAUUCAGAUAAACGGGAUCGAUGUGCCUCUACUUUACGCCAAAUGGGGACCACAUGGGAACUCUUUGUUAGUCAAUUUCAAUGGAAACCUUUACUAUAAGGCAAGUGUUCGGGACAACGAAAUACAACUCACAAACGAUGACAGGCACAACGUUAUGAAUGGCCAUCCCGAUUGGGUUUAUGAAGAGGAAGUGUUUGCAUCCAACACAGCGGCUUGGUUCAAUCCUUCUGGAACACAUAUAGCUUACAUACGGUUCGACGACUCAUCAACUCGUUCAAUCAACCUUAGUUACUACGGCACUCCAGGAGAUUUGUCCUACCAGUAUCCUCGCGAAUCGGUCGUGUACUACCCGAAGGCGGGAUCAAAUAAUCCCAUAGUCGAACUGUAUACAGUUGCUGUUAGCGAUUCGACAAGGACGCAACGUGUCCCUGUUCCACCAGCUCUCAACUUGGGCGAACAUCUCAUUACGGCAGUCACGUGGCUGGAUAAUAACAACAUUCUAUCUGUGUUCAUGAAUCGGGUCCAAAAUCAGGCAUCGAUCCAAGUUUCUAAUGCAACUGGUCGCUACGAACUCUUAGGUCUGAGUUCCUCUACGGGAUGGAUUGACUUAUUCACUCCUCCGCAUCGAAAUGAGGAUGGCUCGAAAAUUGCUUUGAUACUGCCCAGGGAACAGGGCGGAAAUGCAGGAGCUUAUCGGCACUUGGCGAUUUUAGGAACAUCUAAAAAUUCUGGUGAUCCAACCUUUUUGACCAACGGAAAGUAUGUGGUCCAACAAGUUCUCUAUUGGGAUCAUGGAACAAACGUAAUUUAUUACUCCGCGAACACAGAAGAAUCGUCCAGGGCUCUACAUAUUUACGGAAUAAGAGCUGAAAAAGGAGAGAAACCUCAUUGUCUAACAUGCAGUAUUAAAAUUAAUGGCGUCCAGCAAACAUACUUCUCUGCAGAGUUCGAUCCAUCUGGAAAGUAUGUAGUUAUUAACUCACUAGGACCAGACGUCCCACAGGCUACUCUCUAUGAGUACUCUUUAACAAACAACAACCUGGCAAUGAAGCGGUUACUAGACUGGGAGCCGAAUAAGGAUAUUCGCGACACGAUAUCUAAGCUGCAACUACCGAAAACAAGCUUCCAUUCAAUCGACUUAGAAAAUGGUUAUACUGCUCAAGUUAUGCUUUUAUUGCCACCCAAUGCGGAUUUGAGUGGUAAAACAAAGUAUCCUAUGCUGGUCGAUGUUUAUGGUGGUCCAGAUUCAUAUUCCGUUGUAGACCGAUGGUCUAUAGAUUGGGGAUCAUAUUUAGCGUCUAGUCACUCGGUUAUUUACGCUAAAAUCGAUGGAAGGGGAUCCGGAUUACGCGGGGAAAAACUCUUGCACUCUAUAUACCUGAAACUUGGAACCGGUGAAAUCGAUGAUCAAAUUAAGACUGCGAAAAAACUUGAAGAAACUCUGCCCUACAUUGAUAAAAACAGAAUGGGCAUCUGGGGCUGGAGUUAUGGUGGAUAUGCAGCUGCUAUGGCCCUAGCGAAGGAUGACGAAGGAGUGUUCAAGUGCGCCACAUCAGUCGCUCCAGUUACUGAUUGGGCAUACUAUGACUCCAUAUACACCGAAAGAUACAUGAAUGUUCCAACAGCUAAUCCACAAGGGUACGAAAAUUCUCGUCUUACCAAAAUCGCGACCAACUUAAAUGGAAAGCAGUACAUGUUGGUCCACGGUACCUUGGAUGAUAACGUCCACUAUCAGCAAGCCAUGGUCCUUGCCAAAGUUCUCGAACAGAAUGAUAUUAUGUUCAAGCAAAUUAGCUAUCCCGAUGAAGAUCACGGUCUGAGUCGUGUGCGGCCACAUCUUUACCAUUCAUUAGAUAAAUUUUUCAAAGAAUGUCUCAAAUGGGAGUAAAAUAUUUGAGUUUUAGUGUUUUAACUAAAUGUUAAAGACGAUAAGGAUAGAGUGGACGUUGUGAGGGACGCGUAUGUACUUAAAAAGUGAUGGAGGUGACUUUAUUUUUCUUUGUAUGUGAACGCUCAAAUGCAAACAGAUUCAAUUCGAAACCUGUAAAUUUUACUAUCGUAGAGUGCCAAGUAUAAAGCAAGCCAUAUUAUGUGUGGUAAGCUGCUAAGCAGCUUUGUUAUCCAAUUAAAUAUUGUGUUUCGUUAUUGUACAUUUUAUAGGCAAUUGUUGUAGGCUUGCUCACACAGAAAUACCUAUUACUUCUAGUUGAAACGAUUUUAUCUUACAUUAUUUAACUGUAAAUAUAUAUUUGUACAUUUAAUGAGGAAA